UAUUUUACUGGAGUCAGCUCUUCCGCGGGGCGGAAAAGGAACGUCUGUAAGGGACCCGACCCUUUCCAGUCCCCUUUCCUUGCAGGACCCCAUGAGUAAGCUGUGGCGGCGCGGGAGCACCUCCGGGGCUAUGGAGGCCCCCGAACCGGGGGAAGCGCUGGAGUUGAGUCUGGCGGGUGCCCACGGCCACGGAGUGCACAAGAAAAAGCACAAGAAGCACAAAAAGAAACACAAGAAGAAACACCAUCAGGAAGAGGAAGCCGGACCCACGCAGCCGUCUCCUGCCAAGCCCCAGCUCAAACUGAAAAUCAAGCUGGGCGGGCAGGUCCUGGGCACCAAGAGUGUUCCUACUUUCACUGUGAUCCCCGAGGGGCCUCGCUCACCCUCACCCCUUAUGGUUGUGGAUAAUGAAGAGGAACCUAUGGAAGGAGUUCCCCUUGAGCAGUACCGUGCCUGGCUGGAUGAAGACAGUAAUCUGUCCCCCUCCCCACUUCGGGACCUAACGGGGAAUUUAGGGGGUCAAGAGGAAGAGGAAGAACAGAGGUGGUUGGAUGCCCUGGAGAAGGGGGAGCUGGAUGACAAUGGAGACCUCAAGAAGGAGAUUAAUGAACGACUGCUCACUGCUCGACAGAAAGCUCUGCUCCAGAAGGCGCGGAAUCAGCCAUCCCCGAUGAUGCCGCUGCCUAUGGCGGGAGGAUGCCCGGCUCCCGCCCUCACCGAGGAGAUGCUGUUGAAGCGCGAGGAGCGGGCGCGCAAGCGGCGGUUGCAGGCGGCUCGGCGGGCAGAAGAACAUAAGAACCAGACGAUCGAGCGUCUGACCAAGACUGCGGCGCCCAGCGGGCGGGGAGGCCGGGGGGCCGCGCGGGGCGAGCGGCGGGGCGGUCGGGCGGCGGCCCCGGCCCCCAUGGUGCGCUACAGCAGCGGGGCACAGGGCUCCACCCUUUCCUUCCCACCUGGCGUCCCCGGCCCCGCUCCUGUGUCUCCGCGGCCGCCCCCAUCGGGCCCUCCGCGCUGCUCCGUGCCCGGCUGCCCCCACCCACGCCGCUACGCCUGCUCCCGCACGGGCCAGGCGCUCUGCAGCCUGCAGUGCUACCGCAUCAACCUGCAGAUGCGGCUGGGGGGGCCCGAGGGCCCCGGGUCCCCCCUUUUAGCUACUUAAGUCCUUCGCCUAACCCGGACUCUGCGCCCCCUCCCUUGCCCCCUGGUUUCGGUACCUGCCCUUUUCUCCCCAUCCUAUUAAGUUUCGUCCGAUGCCUCGGCUUGUACCGAAUUGGGGGGAAUGGGAUGUGAGCAAUCAAUCCCCCCGUACACACACCUGGCCCCCACGGGAGGCUGCGCCGAUGCCUGGGGACCGGAAACGGCCGCAGAAGGGUCGUCUGUCGGUGCCAAGCUAGCCUCGGCCAGAACCGUGGGUUCCCACUACUUCCAGCCGGGAUUACCUGGCUUGAUCGGGGUUUUGGCGUCAUCAAAUCGAAAAUGUGGCUCAAGCCAAUCAGCGGAAUCUCUGUUUUCUGGGCGGCCGUUCAUUGGUUAAUAAAGUGAAGCCCGUUCUCUUGUC